AGUGCAGUAUAAGAGCAUCUCUAAAAAAACUCUAAUUAUAGAGUUUUGCAAACUCUAUAUUUGAAGUUUUAAGGUGUUUUUUUUUCAAAAGCAAAACUUCAAAUUUAACUUCAAAAUUAUUUGUAAUUUACACUAUGCUCUUUAUAUUUAUCAUAAUUAAUAUAAGGGGGUGUUAGUGGGACUUAGAUUUCUAUAGAGUUUGUUGAUUUUAAAAGUUGAGAGAUUUGUUAAAUUUAGAAAGAGAUGUAGAGAAUUUUGUCUAUUGUGAAAAUCUAUGAAAAUAGAGUAAUGUAAUGAUUCUAAGAAUUCAAAGUAAACAUGUAGUAUUCUCAAAAUCUAAAUUUGUGAAACAGUGGUCCCAGAUUUUCAAGACUCAGACUAAAGGCUAUGGAGGAAGCUAGGGUUUUGGCGAUUGGCGACACUAGGGUUUCGAGUACGGCAGAUUUGGAUGAAACUAUGAUGGAUGUGGGGGAGAGAGGGAGACCGCCAGGAGAUCCGCCAGAUAAGUUAACCUCAUGGGUAGCGAAGGUGGUGGAGACGGCUGAGGGAGGGAUGCCAGUACCGGAGGUUUUGAUUGCAGAUUCUUUUGUGUCGGAGAGGGUACGGGUAGAAUUUCCGAAUGGAGAAGACGGAGAACCAUCCAUUACGAUCGAGAAUGAGGUUUUGGAAGCGAUGAAUGGAAUGUGGAAGCAGUGUAUGAUCGUUAGGGUUUUGGGAAGAAACGUCCCGAUUGUUGCCUUGAACAGGAAGUUAAGAGAGUUAUGGAAUCCAAAAGGUGCCAUGUACGUGAUGGAUUUACCUAGACAAUUCUUUAUGGUCAGAUUCGAGAAAGAGGAGGAAUAUCUAGCGGCAUUGACAGGAGGACCAUGGAGAGCGUUUGGUAGUUAUCUUAUGGUUAGGGCUUGGUCGCCAGAGUUUGACCCACUGCGGGAUGAUAUCGUAACAACACCAGUGUGGAUCAGGUUGACGAAUAUACCAGUGAACUUUUACCAUCGAUCGAUCCUUAUGGGGAUUGCCAAGGGGUUGGGCAAGCCGAUUCGAGUGGACUCGACGACGUUGAAUUUUGAAAGAGCUCGGUUUGCUAGGGUGUGCGUGGAAGUAAAUCUAGCAAAACCAUUGAAAGGAACGGUUCUCAUCAAUGGUGAGAGAUAUUUUGUAGCCUAUGAGGGGUUGUCUGAGAUAUGUCCAAGGUGUGGAAUCUAUGGACACCUGAUACAUGGUUGUCCACGAACAUUGGCGGAACGUGCGGCGAGUCCAACGACGCAAACAGUGGCAACAAGAAAGGUUGAGACAGCGAACUUGCAAGCUCCACAAUUGCAGGAGGACGGUUUCAUACUGGCGAAAGGUUCGCGAAAAGGAACACCGAGUUCAUCUCAGCAUACGACAGGUACGGCAAGGAAAUCGAAUGGGGAGAUGAAUAGGAAUAACCGUGGGAAUCCGAGCAGAAAGGAAGCUGCGACGAUUGUGCUAUCAAACAAAUAUGGAGAACUGGAUACGGGUACGAAGCUGGAUGUAGUAAGAGAGGAUGGGACUUCUGGACAGGAGAAUAAGGAGAAUCUGAAUAUGAACGUUCAAAAUAGUAAGGGGAAGGGAGCCUUGCAGGAGAAGUUAAUUAUGACUUUCGGUAGUAAGGCUAGUUUACUGCCUACAUCGCAAACAUGGACUAGAGAGAGAGGGCCUGGCAACAAGAAAACGGUGGAGUCGGCUAGGGGGAGACUCAAAAGAGUAAACAGUAGGCCGGUUAGAGGACUGGUAUUUGGUCCGACCAAGGGAGAGAUAAGUUUAUCAGAAUCUGGGAAGAGAUUGAGAGUGGAGAACAGUGAGGCCGGGAGAUCGGGUGGAGGACUCAGAGAAAGGGUAGAGGAUGGGAGAUGUAUGCCUGCGCGCCUUCAAUGCGAGAUGAAGAACUGGAAAACCCGAUGGAGAGUAUUAUCAGCGAGACAGAACAUGGCAGAGCUGAUAUACAGACGACUUCUCAGGAGGAGGAGAGGGUGGUAUCCCUUGCAUGACGGGACGCCCCGGUGA